AUGAAGUCUAUUAUUAUCCCCCUUGUCGAACAAGAUAAUCAUGGUUGCGACUGUACUGUAUCUGCCCAUAGGUUUGACGCAGAGUGGUGUCUUGACUUGCAUGGAUAUCUUAAUCGCGAGGAAUUUGCUGCUCGAUUAAGAGAAAUCAAUAACUAUAUUAAAAAUUAUCCGUUGUUGAGCACGAGGCAAAAAAAAUAUCUCACGUACGCUGUCGCCGGAGUGGCCCUGUUCGUGCUUUUUAUCGUCCUUCUGCUCAGAUUUGCUGCCACAGAGGAACCUAGUAGUCCUACUACUACUCUCAUAAUAUAUUCCUUUCUUGGUCUUGCCCUCCCGAUUGGACGAAAAAUAAUCGAUCAAAUGGCAAAAAAUCGCGCCAUAUUAUUUUCGCAGGCCUUGCAACCUGUGCUCGACCAGUUCAAUCGAAAGGAAAACCCAACCGCUAAUUGGAAGCUUGUAUGGCGUGUUGUUUUCACCCAUUUUAGCAUAAAAAUAGAUUCAAACGGUAAAGGGACAGCUACACCAAAAUACGCCGAGUAUGCAGAGUUAGUAAUCGAAAUCAAUGAUGCUCUCUCUGAUCUUACCGCUCAAACUGUUCGUAUAAAUCUUGCACCCACUACAGUUUCUAUGGUGUCCACCACAGCUCCGAUGAUAUUCACCACAGUUCCUAGGGUGUCUAAUAUCAAGACUACCUAUCCUCCUCAAAUGGUUGCUGUGCCAUAA